AUGAAGGGACAAAAGAGGAGUGUCAUGGCCAAGCGUGGGCUCCGAUCACUGGGCCUUGCCGUUGGCCUCCCGCUUUCUCUGACUCUUCUGGACAUUGCCCUGUUCGGUUCCAAUAUCAAGUACGCUACCAUGGAGAAGCCCUUUUGGUAUCCGCCGCUUUGGGCUUUGCACUCGGCUUGUUUGGUUGCUUCAUCUCUCAUCGGGCUGUCUGCCUGGUUGGUUUGGGUUGAGGGUGGGUUUCAUCGGAAUCCCACGGCUUUGCUUCUGUGUUUGGGUGCGGUUGCUUCAGGCUUAUCGUGGGAUCCGAUUGUGUUUAGGGCCGGGGCGAAUAAGCUCGGCUUGGUGGUUUGUGCUGCUGUCUUUGGACUUCUGGUUGGGUGCAUGAGGAGCUUCAAAACAAUAAAUCCAAUUGCUGGGGAUUUAGUUAAGCCUUGUUUGUUAUGGCCACUCAUGUUGUCACUAGUAAACUUUAAGCUUGUUUACCAUUGA